AUCAUCUACGAGGCGAUCCUUGCUCAACUCCCGUUCAUAGUUCAACAUGACACUGUACAAGGCUACUCUUUUCGCUUCUGCUGCCUUGGUCGCGGUGCAAGCCCUCGUCAUCGACCCCCCUUCAGUACAUUCUUCGGAUGCGGGUGGUGGUGAUGGCCAACCGUCUUGGUAUCAUCUAUUCAAUCACCCUGUUCAUUCCCUAUUCCGGCGUCAGAAUGGGAUACCAACAGAUGGUCACGAUUAUCCUGCAGUCGGGUCUUCUGCUUGGAGUUCCGCUUACCCCCAAUCCACACCCGACUCAGCAUCCAUGCCCCAAGAGUGGAAGGACGCCCUCAAUGCUGCCAUCCAAGCAGGCAAGAUCCCGGACUUGCCUCUUUCAAUCAUAGGAUCGGACGGGAAUCCCUACUAUCCCGGUGGCCUCGAUCCAAACGGGGACGAAGUGUGCUCCGGGACGUAUAAGUGUAGAAUUGAUGGGGAGUUGUGGGACGCGCCUGAUGGUCAUAUUGGGAUCAGUUUCGACGACGGUCCACUUCCUGGUUCCUCAGAUAAGCUGUACUCAUUCAUGCAGGAAAAUGGGGUGCACGGAACGCAUUUCUACAUUGGAACAAAUAUCCUCUGGAACUACAAUGAGUUCCUCACAGCAUUCCAAGAGCUCGGGGAUGACAUCGCUGUCCACACAUGGACACACCCUUACAUGACCACUCUAUCCAACGAGGAUGUCCUAGCCGAACUCGCGUGGACGAUGCAGAUCAUUCAUGACUCAACGGGCGGAAGAAUACCUAGAUUCUGGAGGCCUCCGUACGGAGAUGUGGACAAGAGGGUGUUUGCAAUUGCGACAGAGGUUUUGGGACUGACCACGGUGCUUUGGAACCGGGACUCUGAGGAUUGGAGCAUUUCCACGGGUGCGACGACGCUUCCCGAUGUUGUCUACGCCAUCUCUGAGUGGGUCAAUGGCACUCAAUCUCCUGGCCUGAUGAUCCUUGAGCACGAAUUGACCGACGAUACCGUCUCCGCAUUCAUGCAAACCUAUCCCUUCGUCGUCGACCAUGGAUGGGCCGUCACAUCUGUCGCUCAACUUGACGGACUGGAUAAACCAUACCAGAAUGCAGAGGGCAGCACGGGCGAAGUGUGGUACGUCGAGAAUGUCGCGUGAUUAUUAUCUCUAAAUUCCCCUCGACUGGCAGUGGUGUCUCUUCCGUCUCUUCGGGUCCAUAUGCGUAGGAGUUGGUAAGGAGCCACGCCAGACAUUAACCCAUUUCGCGAUGCUCAUUCCGCAGUGUUGCUUUACCUUUUGGUUCUAUAUUACGCUCUUCACAAUAAUUUCUCCGUUGUACAAAUCUGGGACUUUGUGGUGGAUAGACAUUUAGGACAAUUAGUCAUGAUCAUCAAGGACAGUUUGGACUGCCUACGCAUCUUUUUUGUACAUACGUAUUUUAUACGAGCUUAAUGAUUCGCAACGCAUCCUAUCAUAUCCGAGGGAUGAGCAUUUUCC